AUGGACGUGGAAAACGGGAGAAGCAUGGUAAGUGAAAACGGAAGAAAGGCGCUGUUUUACCUGAGCAACCAUGCAGACAACAUAUGCAGCGUGAAAUUUUGCAGCGAAGAUGUGUUGAUCUCUAGCUGCGAUUGCGGAAUGGUAACUUUAUGGGAUUUAAAUAAUUUAACAAGCACAGGGAAUUACAAGGUAUCAAAUUAUAGUGCAUUAUAUGCAUCCCUUUUUGAUAAGGACCAUUUUUUUGUAAAAACAAAAGAAGGGUCGGUAAAAUUAUGGGACAUAAAGCGUAACCAUUGUGCUGUAAAAUUAGACGCCAACAAUUAUACGUAUGCCAAGCCGUACUCUGUAAAUGGAAAAAUAGUCACGCCUGUAAAUCACAAUGGGGACAUUGCCAUCUAUGACCUGCGGACUCAAGCAGAUUUGCCGCGUAACAAUACCCUAUGCAGUGCCUCGAACGAAGGAAGUAGUAACACGCUCGUCAUACGAUUUAACAAAAUAAAGAAAAGUCUUGGAGAGAUCAAAAUGUUAUCCUCCAGUGGAAUGCAGAAAGAAAAUAAAUCUAUUUUGAACAGCGAAUUGAAGUUCUGUAGUGACAUUUUGGAUAUUUACCCAAUUUCAUUUUGGGGAGACUCGAUGACUAACCAGCUGGUUUCGAGUUUUAUAAUAGACGUGAAGGAAAAUGUCCUAAGUUAUCACAUAAAUAAAAACAAAUGCGUAGUUAGUACUAGCAACAAUUCUGUGUACUCCCUUACAUUGGGACAAAAUGAACAGGUCUGUUUGGUUAAGAAGGCACACUGCCCAAAAUAUAAUAUGAGUAAUUUGGUGAUAAGAUCGGAUAGUAAACUCUUUAUUUCAAUUACGGACAACUGUUCUGUUAACUUGUGUGAUUUACAUCAAAUGGAAGUGAUAGACUCCAUUAAGACAUAUAAGUUUAACUGCUACAAUUUCGUUGACUUCCAUCCUUUUUCCGGCUUGUUCGCAGUGGCAGAACGGAAUAAGGUUUCUAUUUGGGCCAACCAAGCCUCCAGUUUUGAGCCACCCCCCUAG